AUGGCAAACUGGAGCUCGGAGGAGGAUGUCGUUUUGAUUGAACUCAACGCACGCGGCUUUGGGUGGAAUUAUAUUGCACGAGUGCUGAAUACUACCAAGACCCCGCACGACUGUGCAGCUCGAUGGAACAAUGUUCUACGCCCUGGAAUUAACGACGAAAGUCCGUUCGAUCUGAUCGAACGUACAACUCUCAACGAGCUGUACCAAACACACGGUGCCAGGUGGUCUAGAAUCGCCUCACAUCUCGGUCGAUCCCCUCGUGCGGUAAAGGAGAUGUGGUUACAAAUGCAAAUGGAGCCAGAAUAG